CAACUACAAAAGCCCCACCAGACGACCCACAUCCCCCGCCUCCCGACCCCCGGUCCCCGGCCUUCGCUUCCAAACCCUGAUCACCGUUCUCGUAAUUCCUAAGAAAGGAUAUGUGUAGCGGCCUCAGGAAGCCUUCCCCACCCCCGUCUCCCCCCACCGGCCCCGCCGUCAUGGCCGCCGGCGGCGACUCCGAGAAGCUCUCGGUUGCGGCCCUCCCCGCCUCCCUCCUCCUCGAGCUCUCAGCUUCCGACGACUUUCCCGCCUUCAAGCGCGCCGUCGAGGACGACGGCCUACCCCUCGACUGUCCAGCCCCUUGGUACUGCCGCUCCCUCAACCGGCGGACGAUGGGCUUCGAACAGCGAACCCCGCUCAUGAUCGCUGCACUCUACGGCAGCCCCACCGUACUCGCAUACAUCCUUGCAGCUAGUCCCGCCGAGGCCUCCCGCCGCUCCCCCUCCGACGGCGCCACCCCUCUCCAUUGCGCCGCCUCCGGUGGCUCCCCUUUCUCCCUCGGAAUCGUCAAGAUGCUAAUGGACGCCGCCGCUGACGUCGACGCCACCGACGCUGCCGGGAACCGUCCUGGCGACGUUAUCGCCCGCCACUUCUCCGCGUCGAUCACCCGAUCCCUUGAAGUGGUCCUCAAAGCCGGCUCUGGGAUUUCAUCUCUUGGAGGAGCAAAAGAAGAGGAGACGAAGUCCGGCGAGAAGAAAUAUCCUCUUGACAUCACACUCCCCGAUAUAAAUAACGGGAUCUACGGCACGGAUGAAUUCCGGAUGUAUACCUUCAAAGUCAAACCUUGUUCCAGGGCCUAUUCCCAUGACUGGACGGAGUGCCCCUUCGUCCACCCGGGAGAGAACGCCCGGCGCCGCGACCCCAGGAAGUAUUUCUACAGCUGCGUCCCCUGUCCAGAGUUCCGGAAGGGGUCGUGCCGGAACGGGGACGCCUGCGAGUAUGCACACGGUGUAUUCGAGAGCUGGCUCCACCCGGACCAGUACCGCACCCGCCUCUGCAAAGACGAGACCGGCUGCAACCGCCGCGUCUGCUUCUUCGCCCACAAGCCCGAGGAGCUCCGCUCUGUCAACCCCUCUGCCGCCUCCGUCGCCGGGAUGGUGCUCUCCUCGCCGAAGUCGUCAUCGGGUCUGUCAUCGUUGGAUAUGGCGACAGCUUUGAUGAUGAUGCAGCAGACAGGGUCGGGCAUGUCACCGUCAGCUUCGUCGGGUUUGGGCGCGGCGACGGCCUGGAUGAAUCAGCCGGGCAGCUUGGCGACCCCGCCCUCCUUGCAGCUUCCGAGCAGCAGGCUGAAGGCAUCGCUGGGCGCCUUCGACCUGGAUUUGCUCGGGCUCGAAGGGUACCAGCAGAAGCUGAUCGAUGAGUUCUCGAGCACCGCCUCGCCCCGGGCUAACUGGACCCCGAACUCCCUAGCCGCCGCCUCUCGAGCAUCAGAUAUAAACGAGCUAUUUGGUUCUCUUAAUCCAUCUGUGCUGUCUCAGUUGCAGGGGCUUUCUCUGAAAAAGACGGCAGCCGCCUCGUCCUCCGCCGGAGCUCAAUUCCAGUCACCCACUGGAGUCCGGUCUCAAUUGCUUUCUGGCUACGGAGGCAACUUGCCACCUUCUCCAACCGUAAGUGGGACUUCAUCGUUUGGGCUCGACCACUCGAUGGCAAAGGCCAUCAUGAGCUCGAGGGCUUCGGCGUUUGCAAAGCGGAGCCAAAGCUUCAUCGACCGCGGAGCGAUGGCAGGUCGCCAAUCGACCCUCUCUUCAAUGACCACUGCUGCAGCGGGGACUUCGUCGGUUCUUUCCGACUGGGGCUCGCCGGACGGCAAGUUGGACUGGGGAAUUCAAGGGGAUGAGCUGAACAAGCUGAGAAAGGCGGCAUCUUUUAACUUCCGAACCAAUCAGGCUGGAAGCGGCUUUGGUGGGGCAGCCCCGGCGGCCGCUGCAGUGCCGGGGCGCUUGGAUGAGCCCGACCUUUCCUGGGUGCAGUCUCUGGUGAAGGAUGGACCGGCGGCACCGAUGGGCCGGCGUGGCCUGGAACAGCAGCAGAAGGGGUACCAACUCAACGGUGCUGGAGGCGACUUCCAUGGGUCAGAGCUCCUCUCUUCUUGGGAGGAGAAGAUUAUGGCUUAAAGGCCAUCAACCGAUACCUAUCGUUGUUCUGACAAGUUUAUUUCUUCCUUGGUUCCUUAUAUUCUUUGAAUCAGUUAUAGUUUUAGCAGUGGCCAUUUCCUCAAGAAGAAAACAAGCCCGAAGGGUUUCUGAGCUGAUUAGAGACAGUACGAACGUUCUUUCAUUCAUAUAUAGCGUAAGAGGAAGAAUAUAUAGAUAGAAGAUGGGUCACCAGAUUUCCCAAUAUUAUGAAGAAGAGAAUAAACGGAGUUGUAGAAGCUUGUUUUUACCUUUUAAUUUGUUUUUUUUUUUUUAAUUCUAAGGUAAAGGUUUCUGCUAAUGGACCAUCGAAUCAUGUAACCAGUGAGUCCUGUAUUUGUUUGGCUGAGCGGCCUUUCUUUGGGCAAGGAUUUGUAUUGUAUAGAUAAUCGAGCAGCGAAAACUCUUAAAUGUUUAUAUUUUCUUUCAGCACAUUAUUUGCCACUUGCCCGUUCUUCAUGGAACAAUGAUAUGGAAAUCAGAAUCAUUUUGUGAGCUUUCUGGUUGUGGCAGCAGCAGCUUCCAUUUGUCAUCUUAUAGUUGCAGAAGAUAUCUGAGAACAUGUCUCUGCGAGCUUGUUUUUUAAACUUGAUAAAUGGUCGAGUGCUAUGAUUG